CUUCUCUUCUUCGCUCGUACUGUAGGAGGCGCUGUGACGAUCUUUAGUUCCCCCGUAAAACCACUGAAGAAAGAAGGAAGACUGCUGCAUUCAGACGAUAUUGAUCAUGAAAGCGCAGGUGGAUGUGAUCUGCUGUAAAUCAGUAGGAACUGAUCUGUCCAUGCUGGAUAUUGAGGAUUUCAUCACAGAAAUCUGUCGGCUGAAGAAAGAGGUGGCGUCACUGGAGGCAAAGCUGAGAGAAAGAGGAGACAAACUGAACAGAGAGGAUGUGGAGAAGGUUUCAGUGCGUGUGGCUGAUGGGACAGAAGCUCAGGAUUCAGUCUGGAGCGUCAGAGAUCAGAGAUCCAGAGACACACAGGACUCAGAGCUCAGCCUCACUUUACUCUGUUAUACUGACGCUCAGGAUCAUGAAUCCACUGAUCAAACCUCUGACUGUAACGCUGGAGAACAGCAGAUGCUGCAGACGCCGCUGAAGAUGUGCUCCGUCAAACUGGUGGACUGCAGGAACCUGAUCGAGAGCAGAGCAGAAGAAACCACCGCAGAGGAACAACAACAGAGUCACGAGGAAGAGGAGGAUUAUGAUGAAGAUCAGAACAAUGAUGUUGACGAUAGUGACUUUGUUCCUUCGGAUAACAAUGCUGGUUUAUCUUCUGAUGGAGAAACUGCCUCUACAUCCAAAGAGCAAAGAACAAAGAAGAGUUUCUCCUGUGCCACCUGUGGAAAAACAUUCAGCAAACAGUGUAAUUUAACAAGACAUGCCAGAAAGAAAAAACACACAGAACAGAAAGACUUCAGCUGCAAGAUAUGCAACAUCAGCUUUCCUACCUUCAAAGAGAAAACACUUCAUUCAAAAGAGCACAGCAUGAAGAAGGAGUUUCGCUGCGAACAGUGCGGGAAGGAUUUCUUCACCACUCUUUAUAAUAUGAGAGCUCAUAUAAAGACACACGAAGAAAAGUCUCUUCAGUGCAACGAAUGCAACAAGUUUUUCCGUAACAAACGAGAUCUUUCAAGUCAUAUGAGAAUUCACACGGGUGAAAAGCCGUACAAGUGCCCUCACUGCGAGAAGAGCUUCAGCCAGGGAUCUAAUCUGAAGACACAUCUACUCAAGCACAGCAAUGAGACACCGCAUCAGUGCAGUGAAUGUGGAGAACAUUUUAUAAGCUCAACAUCUCUAAAAUUGCACCAAAAAAAACACUUUGAUAAACCGUAUCAGUGCCCUCACUGUGAGAUGAGCUUCAGUUUCAGAUCAGAUCUGACAAACCAUCUAUUCAAGCACAGUAAUGAGAAUCCGUAUCAGUGCAGUGAAUGUGGAAAACCUUUUUUAAGUUCAGCUUCUCUAAAGUUACACCAAAAAAUGCACUCUGAUGACAAACCGUUUCAGUGUUCACACUGUGAGAAACGUUUCCGUAAUUCGGGUCACUGUAAAACCCAUGAGAGGAUUCACACCGGAGAGAAACCGUACCUGUGCUCCGACUGCGGGAAGAGCUUUGCUAGUUCAUUUGCUUUCAAAGUUCAUCUGAGAAUUCACACAGGAGAAAGACCGUAUGCCUGUAGUGAUUGUGGGAAGAGUUUCUAUAAGCUAAGUGACUUAAAAAUACACAGGAGGACUCAUACAGGAGAAAAGCCUUAUAAAUGCUCACAUUGUGACAAGACUUUCGCUAUAUCAACUUCCCUGAAGAUCCACAAACGAAUGCAUACAGGAGAGAAACCUUUCUGCUGCUCCAUCUGCGGCGAGAGAUUCUCUUUUAAAUGGGGUUUUCAGACGCACCAGAAGAAACACGCUGCUCCAGGAUCAUCAUAG